GCGAGAUAUGGAAUUGGCGAAGCAAACAACAACACUAGGAGAUACUUCAUAAAAAAAAUUAAAAUCCGCAUCUAGAAUAUUUGGACCACGGUUAACCCCGUGGUGAGGGAGGUCACAGGUCACCUCCGCCCUGUCACGUGAUUUUGCCAGCUGCUGAUCCGUGGAAACCAACAAUUUGCUCGAAUCGAGAGAGGAAAGUUAGUAGAAAAUUACAGGAGGAAGUAGCCCCACUAGGGCUUAGGUACUGCCUUGCAACCUGCUGAAGGUCACGGGGCAUUCCGUGUCGAUUGCAAGGAUUUUCAUCUUUUCCACCAGCUGUUGGAUCUCCCCCCUCAAGAACUAGCUAAACAUGUCAGGCAAAGAGAGGAUUGAGAUCUUCCCAUCUCGGAUGGCACAAACUAUAAUGAAGGCCCGUUUGAAAGGUGCUCAGACUGGUCGCAACCUACUGAAGAAAAAGUCUGAUGCCCUUACACUGCGCUUCAGACAAAUCCUGAAAAAGAUUAUAGAGACUAAAACGCUGAUGGGUGAAGUAAUGAGGGAAGCAGCCUUUUCCUUAGCUGAAGCCAAAUUCACUGCUGGAGACUUCAGUACUACUGUGAUCCAAAAUGUGAACAAGGCACAGGUUAAGGUCCGAGCUAAAAAAGACAAUGUAGCAGGUGUUGUGCUGCCAGUAUUUGAGCAUUACCAGGAAGGAGGAGACAGUUAUGAGUUGACUGGCCUGGCUAGAGGUGGAGAACAGCUGGCUAAACUCAAGAGAAAUUAUGCAAAAGCAGUGGAGCUUCUGGUUGAAUUGGCAUCACUGCAGACUUCCUUUGUGACACUGGAUGAAGCUAUUAAAAUUACCAAUAGACGUGUAAAUGCAAUUGAACAUGUGAUAAUUCCUCGGAUUGAGCGCACUUUAUCUUAUAUCAUAACUGAGUUGGAUGAGCGAGAAAGGGAAGAAUUUUAUCGGUUGAAAAAGAUUCAGGAAAAGAAAAAGCAGUUGAAGGAGAAGAUAGAGAAAGAACAGGAAGGACAGAGGCUAAAAUCUACCAAUGCACCAGCCAACCUACUUGAAGAAGAAAAGGACGAGGACCUACUGUUUGAUUGAUAUCACUGAGUGGCUUUGGUUACCUGCAAUUAAAAGUAGCAAGCAUUUUGAGCUUGACUAUUAACACUUGUGAUGUAUUUGUAUAUUUGUUGUAUUUAACUCGUGAUGUAUGAUGAGCCCAGCCAGUUGUCAAGUGAAUGCUGUUUCAUAUAGGUUCACAGGUUUUUACUUUACAUUUGAAUAAGACAUGGUCACAUGUUGUCAUCAGUGCCUGUACGGUCAUGAGUUAUUAAAUGACUUAAAUUAUUAAUUGUGUUAGGAAUUGCUCAGAGCCAAUAAAAUACAUUCCCUUGCACAUUUUGAGCCUAUACUAGAUGGGUCUUCAAAAUUGAUGAUUGAAUCGUUUGGAAAAUUAUUGUUCAAUUUCUAAUGUUUGAAUUCCCAUUUAUUGCUUGAUAAAUUUUAACUAAUUAGGAUGCUACACAAUUUGCAACUGAAUGAAAUUAAGUAAAAUGAUUAUUAUACCAUUCAGUAUAAUUUAUUUCUAUUCAGUAUUGUAUGCAGCAAUGACUGAUUUUUUUUUUUUUUCCUGUGUCUUAAUAGUCAGUGAACCUGCUGUCAACUCCAGUUUGUGUGUUUUCAUCCUAAAACUGAAUUAAUUUGCCUGUUGCUUCGGAAAGGAGAACAUGGAUAAACUUUAUUUAUUUCGAUAAAUAAUUGAUUAAACCAUGUCAUAUUCUGCAAUUUGUAGUUUGCUGAGAAAGUCCCUUUUGAAAACAGUCAACUCAGAUGUAACUCAGAUGGAGACAUUUUGCCUUGUCUAUUGCUUAAUCUGCGUAUUUCCCAGUAGGAUUUUCUGGACCAGAGGAUCUAUCUGAUCCUUGGCUCCAAUCCAAGCUCAUUACCAAAUAGUUGUAGUGCCCAUUUUUUCCUUUUUGCUGAGGCCAACACCAGUUUCCUUCCAGAUGUCUUAGGAUUGCCCAAAACCUGACUAUAAAAGUAGUGUUUAAUGAAAAUGACAUUUGUUUAUUUCUGUGGUCAGAGGUCCAAAAUAUGUUCAUUUGGCACUAUCAUAAAAUUGAAGUCAAUGCAAUGGAUUACCAUCUUAAAAUUGAAUGAGCAAAGCCGCACAAACUGUGUUUGGACACUCAUGAAUGCUUGCUACGUUUUGGCUGCUGUACAUAUGUAAUCUUGCAUAGUUGAGACUUGAGGCUUAAAAAUUGCUUGGAGUAAUAUUGUUGAAGUAAAUGUACUUUUGUGCUGUA